AUGGUGCACGACACCGUCACUGAAUUUCAAGGACCGCCAACGAACUCGACGAUCGACGAGGAGCUUGCCGGUGUUCGCAAGGAGAAACCCAUCGUCCUGGAUGGAGACACCAUCCAUAACGAUGAGGAUGCACGUCCUUCCGCAGUUGCCGCAGCCCAAAAUGUAGUUGUUGAAGAUGAAGCAAUGUCCGUGUCUGUUCCUCCGCUUUCCGGAGUACCGGGGGAACACGUCGAACUAGUUCCAAAGGUGUCUCAUGUGGCCGCUGUUGCUCAGCCAGAAGCUCAGGACACAGGCACGGCUGUGGAAGCUCCCCUUCCUUCGAAGCAAGCACCGCCAACUCCACCAGCAAAGAGUCCCCGGCUGCAGCCCGGCAGAGGCUCUACAGAUGUUUAUCAACCUCGGCCCGCGACACCAGGCACACCCGCAAAAACAAAUGGCCACGAAGAGCACCGACCUGAAACUCCAUCUAGUGCUCAUAGUUCAUACGCUGUGUCUCACAAGCGUUCCAUUACGAUUUCGAAGGGUUAUACCGUGUCCGUAGUCCUCAUUUCUUCCGCACUGGAGACAAUCCUGGCGUCGAAGGAGGCCAAACGAUCCGCACCUCUUCGCGAGAGUGCACACAAUGCAUUGGAGAUGAUUCGUGUCGGACAAGGUGGCGAUCGUCCACGUGAAAUUUUUGAGCCUCUACGGCUGGCAUGCGAGACGCGCAACGAGAAACUCAUGAUUGCUAGUCUGGACUGUAUUUCCAAGCUCAUCUCUUACUCGUUCUUUGCGGAGCCAUCAUCUGCGCAAGCACUUCCUUCGCCACCUCCGUCACCGGCUCUACAAGGAAGACGCUCAAUAUCUGGCGCUUCCCAGUCUAGUCUUCCACAGCCUUCCCUGGUCGACCUUGUCGUUCAUACCGUCACAACAUGCCAUAGUGAUACCUCCCCCGAAACGGUCUCUCUGCAGGUCGUCAAAGCGCUCCUCUCCCUAGUGCUUUCUCCCACCAUCUAUGUACACCAUUCAUCACUGUUAAAGGCAGUCCGCACGGUUUAUAACGUAUUUCUUCUCAGCACGGAUCUGGUCAAUCAAAUGGUCGCGCAAGGAGGGCUGACCCAAAUGGUGCAUCACAUAUUCACGCGGUGUAGAAGUCCCGACGGUACAACCAUACGCUCCUUUGUCGUCGCAGCGAAUGAAGCUGAGAAAGUGGUGGAAGAAGCAUUGUCAUUUGAAUCUGCCGCCGACUUGUCCUCGCGUGCCGGCGCUCCCACUCCCUCAUCAUACGUCCGCGAUCCUGACGUUCCGCAAGGUGAAGCAAUUAGUCCUACGCCCGCUACCUCACCUGAGGACGCAGAAAAUGGACACGCUGCAAGGGAGUUGAGCACGCAAGAUAUGUUUAUCAAGGACGCGUUCCUGGUUUUCCGAGCCUUGUGCAAAUUGACGAUGAAGCCAUUGAACACAGAGAGCGAACGUGAUCUUAAAUCUCACGCCAUGAGGUCUAAACUCUUGUCCCUGCAUCUCGUGCUCACCAUCCUUAAUUCGCACAUGACACUAUUCGUCGAUCCGAAGGCUAUCAUCUACUCUGCUUCUACAAACGAAGCGACUACUUUUGUUCAGGCGGUUAAUCAAUAUCUUUGCCUGAGCUUAAGCCGAAACGCAGUCAGCCCCGUGUCACAAGUGUUCGAAGUUAGCGUGGAGAUCUUCUGGCGAGUGUUAUCAGGCAUGCGAACGAAGCUCAAGAAAGAGAUCGAGGUCCUACUGCAUGAGAUCUUCGUUCCUAUCCUUGAAAUGAAGACUUCAACGCUCAAGCAGAAGGCUGUAAUCAUUGGAAUGCUCUCCAGGCUGUGCCAGGACCCACAGGCCUUGGUGGAGAUAUAUCUCAACUAUGACUGCGAUAGCGAGGCUACAGAUAACAUAUACGAGCAUCUCAUGAACAUCAUCUCCAAGAUCGCUACAUUACCUUAUACCUCCUCGCAACAAAAGGCAAACGACCCUGCAAGUCCGGCGCUCUCACCACAGACCAAGAGCUCAGCAUCGACGGCACAUGUAUCUGGUGCACUAGCUGUAUCUGGCACCAUGGACACGUCCACUAUGGGUCUUUCCGAGGGGCAACUUAGAAGGCAGGGUCUCGAAUGCUUGGUUGCUGUUCUCAGAUCUCUUGUGACUUGGGGAACAGCCGCUGGGAAAACGCCUGCGGAAUCCGCAAGUGCCGAUCCUGCCUCAAGAAGUCAAGCUGGGGAAGAGAUUGCAGCUGACACUAUGACAUCUGAUCCUUCGUUAGAUAGGUUGGCUGCUUCUGCUGGAAGCAUGGAAGCUCUUAGGCAAUCUACUCCAGACAUUGCAGACGAUCCCUCCAGGUUUGAAAGCGCGAAGCAAAAAAAGACAACCUUACUCGAGGGCAUCAAGAAGUUUAACUUCAAGCCCAAGCGCGGCGUUGAAUUUUUGGUCGAGACGGAAUUGAUUCCAAGCUCGUCGCCUCGCGACAUCGCAGGGUUUCUGUUGACCACUGACGGCCUUAGCAAGAGUAUGAUUGGCGAGUACCUUGGUGAAGGAGAUGAACAAAAUGUUGCCAUCAUGCAUGCUUUCGUCGACUUUCUAGACUUCAGGAACUUAGGCUUCGUGGAUGCUGUUCGUGUGUUUUUGCAAGCAUUCCGUCUUCCUGGAGAAGCUCAGAAAAUCGAUCGCUUCAUGCUCAAGUUUGCUGAACGCUACAUUGCUGGGAACGUUCAAACACCCUUCAAGAAUGCAGACGCUGCCUACAUCCUCGCGUAUUCUAUCAUCAUGCUCAAUACUGAUGCUCACAGUCCUCAAAUCAAAAUUCGCAUGACUAAAACCGACUUCAUCAAAAACAACCGUGGUAUCAACGAUGGAGAAAGUCUUCCGGAGGAAUUCUUGAGUACCAUUUUCGACGACAUCCUGGGAAACGAGAUUAGGAUGAAGGACGAAGUUGAUGCAACGAUUAACUUGCCUUCAACGGGUCCUGGUCUUGCCAAUGUUUUGGCGAACGUGGGGAGGAACCUUCAAAAGGAAGCAUACGUGAUGCAGUCCAAUGGCAUGGCGAACAAAACUGAAGCACUCUUCAAAACGCUCAUGCGUUCUCAACGAAGAGGGUCUCGCACUGGAGACCAAUACUUCAGCGCGUCACACUUUGUCCAUGUUAGGCCGAUGUUUGAGGUGGCAUGGAUACCCUUCUUGGCUGGAUUGUCCGGCCCGCUUCAAAAUACGGAUGACCUUGAGAUAGUCGAUCUCUGCUUGGACGGAUUUAAGAACGCUAUCCGCAUAGUAUGCUUCUUCGAUUUGGAACUCGAACGCAAUGCGUUUGUUACUACCCUCGGGAAGUUCACGUUCCUCAAUAACCUCGGGGAAAUGAAAACCAAGAAUAUGGAUGCUAUCAAGACGUUGCUGGAUAUCGCAGUCAAUGAAGGCAACAAUUUGAAAGGGUCGUGGCGCGAAGUGCUAUCGUGCGUGUCGCAGUUAGAACAUAUGCAACUCAUUAGUGGCGGUGUGGAAGUUCCGGACGGUGGAAAGAAAGGUCGAUCCAAGAAGCUUCCAGCAGAAGAACUCGCCAAUGAGAGCAGGUCGACUCACAUCACCGUGGCAGCAGACAUGGUCUUUUCACUCAGCCAUUACCUGUCUGGGACUGCUAUCGUGGAUUUCGUGAGGGCUCUUUGCGAUGUUUCAUGGGAGGAAAUUCAGUCGUCUGGAAUGUCGCAACAUCCUCGUUUGUUCAGUCUCCAAAGGCUCGUGGAGAUAUCAUACUACAACAUGAACCGUAUCCGUCUCGAGUGGUCGAAUCUCUGGGAUAUCUUAGGAGAACAUUUCAACCAGGUCUGCUGUCACAGCAAUCCUCAUGUCGGGUUCUUUGCGUUGGAUUCCCUCCGUCAGUUAUCAAUGCGAUUUUUGGAAAAGGAGGAGCUGCCCCAUUUUAAGUUCCAAAAGGACUUCCUCAAGCCUUUCGAAUAUACGAUGGUUCACAAUGCCAAUCCCGAUAUUCGCGAUAUGGUUUUGCAAUGUCUCCAACAAAUGAUACAAGCCAGAGUACAGAAUAUGCGUUCGGGAUGGCGGACGCUCUUUGGUGUCUUCUCGGCUGCUUCAAAAGUGCUAACCGAACGCAUUGCGAAUUCUGCAUUCGAAAUCGUUACGAGAUUGAACAAAGAACAUUUUGCUGCGAUUGUCCGUCACGGUGCUUUCGCAGAUCUGACUGUUUGCAUCACCGAAUUUUGCAAGGUCAGCAAGUAUCAGAAGAUAAGUUUGCUAGCGAUUGCCAUGCUACGCGGUGUCAUUCCGGUCAUGCUCACCUGCCCCGAGUGUGCUCUGAGCCCGGGGCUUGGGCCUAAAGGCGACGACAUCAUGAUUAGAUUCUGGUUUCCUGUCUUGUUCGGAUUCUACGACAUCAUCAUGAACGGGGAUGACCUUGAAGUACGACGGCUCGCACUGGAUUCUCUGUUUCUCACGCUGAAAACCUAUGGAUCAUCAUUCACUCUGGAAUUUUGGGACACCAUUUGCAAAGAGAUACUUUUCCCUAUCUUUGCUGUUUUGAAGUCCAGUCAGGACAUGUCUCGAUUCAACACCCAGGAGGAUAUGAGCGUGUGGCUGUCGACUACGAUGAUUCAGGCAUUGCGUGACCUCAUCGACCUCUACACGUUUUUCUAUGAUACCCUAGAGCGGUUCCUCGACGGACUCCUGGAGCUUUUGUGUGUUUGCAUCUGCCAAGAAAACGACACCCUGGCUCGUAUUGGGACAUCAUGCUUGCAACAGUUUUUGGAGAACAAUGUCCAGAAGCUUAGCGCCGUUCAGUGGGAACGAGUUGCAGCUACUUUUGUCAAGCUUUUCAGAACGACCACUCCCCACCAACUUUUUGACGAGAGCCUGCGUGUGGAGAUCGACGGGAACACACCAGAUCUUCCGGAUGCCAACGAUUCUAAUGACCAAGCAAUCAUCCCUGCUCCAUUGUCUCCCACCGGCGACCGACCUCCAGAAGUCAAGCAAACCCUUGGUGACAGACGCCGCACUUUCAAGCAAAUAAUUGUCAAAUGUGUUCUUCAGUUAUUACUGAUUGAAACUACCAACGACUUGCUCCGGAACGAUGCCGUCUAUACUACCAUUCCUCCAGAACAGCUUCUACGUCUUAUGGGAGUUCUGGAUCAUAGCUAUCAGUUCGCUAGAAUGUUUAAUGACGAUAAGGAAUUGCGUACUGGACUCUGGAAAGUUGGAUUCAUGAAGCAUCUACCUAAUCUCCUUAAGCAAGAGUCCAGCAGUGCAGCAACUUUGGUGCACGUCUUACUUAGGAUGUACUUCGAUGAGCGCCCAGAGCACCAGGAUGCACGCCCUCAGAUUGCUGAACGCCUUUUGCCGCUUGGUUUGAGCGUGCUACAGGACUACAUUAAGCUGCGUGCUGAUACCCAAGCCAAGAACAUAGCCGCUUGGACACCAGUUGUCGCAGAAAUAUUGGACGGGUUCUGUCGAUUUGACAACAAGGCUUUCGUUAGAUAUCUCCCAGCGAUUUACCCGUUGGCUACCGGGUUGCUUGCUCGUGAUGUUGCACCGGAAAUUAGGUUGGGACUGAAGAUGUAUUUCGAGAGAGUUGGACGGAUCCAAAGCAUAGUAUUAGUAGAGGCGUCGUAG